UGGCGCGUCUAGAAAUAGUAUAUAUAUGUUAGCUUAAGAGAUAGAGAUUUUAAUUAAUUAAUUAGUAAAACAUAUCUCCAAAAAAAAAAAAACAAGAUAUUGAAGGUUCUUCGCAUAUCAAGCGGUAAUUAUAUUUUAUUGAAAAUUUCGUGAUGUAAAAAAAUUAACUCUAUGAACCUCUAUGCUUUUGCGAAGAGCUGCGCGAUUCUAGUUAAUAACCAGUUAUUCUGGUCGCAAUCUUGAACAUGAAUUCUAUUAAAACCGGAAGAACAUUCUCUCCGAGAGAUUAGGCGUGAUAUCUAGGAAGCGCAAGGCAGAUAGAUCGAUAUGUCGACGAUCGAUCGCGCGCUGUAAAGUGGAUCGAGCAAAAGUCACGGUCACGUGCGGUGCGUUUCCACGUCCACUAAGAAACCGCUCAAGGUCGUUGUGGUGGCUAGUGGCAGUGAGAGCAAGGUCGUCAGGGUCGCGGUAUCGCGAGGAGAAUGUGGAGGAAGGACGCGACGUUGGCCGGGUCGAUUGUCAUCGUCGCCACGCUGAUUUCUCUGAUUGUUGACGAAACCAUCGCCGGAAGCUGCAGAUCCGCGAAGCUCUGCUGCCAAGGCAGGGACUCCGGCUGCGUCAUUCAGAAAGAAUCACCGAACGCGAUUAUCGAGAGCCCGCGCGAUAAGCCGUGUUACUGCGAUCAUGCCUGUCUCAAGCUCGCCGAUUGUUGCGACGACUUCAAGGAAACCUGCGGUGUGGUGGAUUGCGCGGUGAGCGAAUGGAGUCCGUGGAGUCCGUGCGAUAACGGAUGCGGAAGUGGCACUCAAAGACGCAGCCGGGUGAUCGAGAUCUCGGAGAAGAACGGCGGAAAGCACUGUCCUCGUCUGGACCAAGUCAGGACUUGCCGCAGCUUCCAGACAUGCCACGCCGGAAUUCGUCCGCAGUCGCACGCUAAAAGUGUGAUGCUUCUUGCGCUUUUUCCGGGCGACGGAAAUAGUACGGACGUAAGGAUCAAGAAUAGGAUUGUCGAUAAAAGAGGCAGUUGCGUUGUUUUCACUAUUGUACGAGUCUCGCAGGGUUGCAAUAAAAUUUCGGAUUUACUCUCAGAAGGUUCGCGCAUCUGCGUGGAACGUUCUGGUAACGAGAGUCUGGACCGAUACGUGGGGAUCGGUAGGUGGAAGCUAUCGACCGAUAUCGCCGGUAGCAGCAAUCGGCGCGGUCGAUCGACGAAUUCUACCUGCCACGGCAAAUGGAUCGGCGAUUCACGACUGCUGGUGGAUUGUCACGAUCCGCGAUGCGAGCGGCCGAGUCCGAGUCAAGUGUCGCUGUAUACCUCGCAGCUGCUCCGCGGUCGCAGGAACGCGGACGUCAUCGUCAGCAAUCCGGAUAGAUCUGUGAGAAGACGUAGGAGAGGCAGACGACGGAAGAGGAGCAGAAGGAGAAGGCGCGACGCCUCUGCUGUCGCAGAACGGUGAACGUUUCUUCGGCGGCUUCCGUGUCGCAGCUUCUCCCGCGAAUGUCUCAUCUCUCACAUUAAUAUCCCUUCCUCUCUUCCUUUCUCCCUUAUCCUUACGUCUAUUAUACAUGUAUAGUGUAUAUGGUAAUUGUACGCGAGAAAGGCACUUCAGGGAUUGAUCUUGCAGAAAUUUCGAGCCAAUCUUUCCGUAAUGAAAUCGACUUUAAAUUAUAAAGAUUGACAAUACGAAUAACAUUUUGUAAAUUGAGUUUCCAGGUUACAAAUAGAUAGCAGAAAGCUUUAUCAGGAUUUUAAUUCGAGAGAUUUGAUUGUUUUUUUAUCAAAAAGAUAUUGGAUUUUAAAAAUUUUGUAAAAAUGAAUGGCGUGUCCAAUCAAAUUCUUGCUAAGAAAAGAAUUGUAUUGCUUGCAAAGAUUAUAUUCUCGAAAUAAACUCUAUAUCUUACGAUUUUAUAUUUUGUAUACACUUUUAAUCUAUAUCUAAUAUAACCAAUCGACAAUUUUCUGCUAUCACUUUAUUUAAUUUUGUUUUAUUUUUGUUAAUCGCUAUUCGUAACCGUUUAAUUAUCUUUGACGUAAAUUUUUCUCGUGUUAAGUUUUUUGAAGCUCUGGAACAUAGAAUAAAAUCUAUUUCAUUUUGUUUUUCUCUUUCUUCUCUCCUUCUUCUGCUCCAACUGGAUCACUGGAUGUAGCAAUCGGACUCAGAUUAUCCCGAUAAUUAUCAUAUCGAUUUUAUCAUUAGAGUGGACUUGCGAGGCGUCCAUGACAUGAGGGAGACAGUGAAAUUUCUUAUUCCCUUGACAUUUUGAAAGGAAUUGCAUGAUUAUCGAUACCAGCACAACUGAGAGUGCAUUAUGCGGUAGCGUUAUAUAUGAUUCACAUUGUGAUUGUAGAUUUAAUAAAUUGUUAGGCGACGAGACUCUGGAAAUAAGUAUGUCAAAGGGAAACGAGAGUGCUGAUAAUAUAUAUGUUGCAUCUCCUUAUUACUUUUCUCUGCCCCUUUCUGCUCUUCGAAAUUUAUCCAAUCUAAUAUAUCGUACGCAUUGUUGAAUAUAUGAAUUAUAUAUAUAUAUAUAUAUGUUCACAACAUGCAAAUAGAAAAGGAUUUUAUCAUCAUAAAUCAUCAUUAUAAUCAUAAAUAUUUGUAUUUUAUUAAUAAAUAUGACUAUAUUAUAGUAUCUUUUAUGAGAAAGAAAAUUUACAUAAAGUCAAAGAGAUACAUAUAUAUUGCUUUAUACAUAAUUUUCUUUAUUAUUUUAUGGCAUAUAACCGAUACUGUAAAAAUUCUUCUAUAUAUUUAAUAUACAAGGUGUUCCAAAAUUAUUUAUAACUCAAAAACUGUUAACACCUCGGUUAAUACCGAUACUUAAACAAUAUUCUCUUUAAUUCGAACUUUAAGCAUUUAUUAUGGCUUCGUAAUAACGCUAGUUUAAUGUGUGUGAGAGAGAGAGAGAGAGAGAUGCCCUGUAAAAAUUACUAAUAAAUACGUAUAUAUUAUAUCAAACUUGUAUUGCAAAUAUAUCGUAUGAUAUAAUAACAUUUUCGUGCGAUCUCGUUUUUUAGUUUCUAGUAUCUGCGCCUGUAAACGCGCGGGAUGUCAUCAUUUCUCUUUGCGAGUACAUAUCGGCAUGUCGAGAGGAUAGAGACUCUCGAAGCGAUAAACAAAAUGUAAAAGCACAGUCAAUAAAGGACACUUGCACAU